AUGGAAAGGUGGCCACAGACCCUCCGAAUGGGGGUGCUGGUGUGGGCGCUUGUGGCAUCUUUGGCUCAGACAUCCGCAACUGGAUCCUCGUCGCAGUCACUGGAUGCCUCACCACUGGACCCCAGCUCCGCGGAAAGGCGGCUUCAGACAAGUCCUUUUGUUUCAUCCAUAUUGCCCGCAGGCACAAGCUUGACUGUGCACCUAUUUGGAAGCAAGACUUCAUCUGCAGCUGAUGGUCAGGAACUUCAUAUACUGGCCGGUGAAGUAAUAUACGGUAUUAGUAUCAGCCUUCCUCAAGGUUUUCUUUUCAACGUGGCCGCAGGUCGCUUGCGCAUAGUUUUUGGGUACUUGUCGGAAGAUGAGGCCAGAAAUGGGGAGUGUGCACCUGAUCAGCUUGGACCCGUAAGUGAUCAGGUUGUGCAGGCUCCACUUUCAGCCCGCUGGGGCACCGCGGCAAAUGUGGCACAGGGAGUUUCAACUCUCACUGCUGACAUUGCCACUGGUACCACUUUCUUGCAGGGCGGGAUGUAUCGCUUGUGCUUUAGUGACGAUGGUUCUUUUGCGUCCGGCCGUGCUGACUUAUUAAACGUGCUCUUAAAUGUACAGGCGUAUGUGACUUCCCGGCUCCCUGCUGGAACUGGUCUUUUCAUAAUCUUUGCGAAUGGUGAAGAGAAAGCAGCCAUCGACGGUGAAAGUAUUAAAUUCAGUGCAGCCCAGCCCAUCACCAAGAUCUCACUACAGCUGCCACUGCUUUCGGUCAUUGAUUCUGGCUCCGUGCGGCUGAAGGCAAUAAGUGCCGCAGCUACACGUGAGGAGGUGAUGGUCGGAGCUUGUGCAGCAGGCAGCAUGAUGGAACUUAGUACAGAAAUGGUGGGAGCCCCGUUGUCGUCAGCCUCGGGCGUCGCAACACUUGAUUCCCGCGGUAGCAGGCAAAUCAACACAUCUUUCGCAGACCCCAUACCGUUUAACUCUGCUGGGCGAGCACAGCUUUGCUAUUCAGAUGAUGGUAGUUUUUCCAAUGACCACGUGGAUUUGGUGAAUGUUGAAUUAAUUGCCGAUGGGUUGAUCAGCACCUGCGAGACGGCUGGCUGCCUCGCUGCUCGCUCUUUCCGCUGUCACGCUUUGCUGGGGAAAGCUUCAGAGUAUGGCAGCUGUGCCUUGCCAAUCGAGGGUGUGCAAGGUGACCUAGGAGUGCUGUCCUGGUCUCGAGGCAUCGAUGGCUUAUAUGGCGGUGAUGGGGCACCCUUGCCGUUGGACACUCCAACGUGUGGCACGACAGCAGCAGACACUGCCGCUUUCUGUGCAGGCAAGACAUGUGAAGAGGGAAACCGAUCUUUUCAACUAGACUCCGCUUCGCUCGUCACGAUGCCGCCUAGCGAGCCACUGGUCUUUUCCCAAACCGCAAGAGCAGCUGCAGUUUGUUAUUGCACAGGGCUAAGUGGUUGCGACCUUGUCACCGGGGCCGCAGGAUUCUUCCAACAAGUUGGAUUCGUACAGCUCUUUACGGCAUCAGUGAUGCCCGUGGGAGAAUUCUCCUGUGCUACAUCUUCAUCCGGAGUCCUCGCCUCCAUCCCAUUCGUCUCCUGUGUGUUCUGUCCUUUCGGCGGCUGCCCUUUCGAGGCUGCCUCACGCAUCAUUUUCACACGCCAGCCGGAACCUUGGAAAGCACAGGUCUUCCCAGCGUGGCAUCCGGAACAUCGCUGCAAGCAUGCCGUCCAUGAGAGCUUUCUUCUGCCAGUAGCAGAUGUGGCCUUGCAGAUUGAUGGUGGGCCCCGUUCCGAUGUGAAGCGCUUUCGGCCAGAAGAGGGCUAUACUCUGCCCAACUGGCCGACCUUUGUCCCGAAAGGCAAUUGGCUAGACAUUUGUUUCACACCGGAUUAUAGGGGAGAAAACACUAGCGAGUGGUUCAAGGUUGGCGAGGUUGCUGUGUUGGAGGCGUCUCUUGCGGCUUCGUCUACUGUCCCUGGCGGAAUCACUACGUCUCCUCCAAAGCAGGUUGGCCAGGUGGGGCAGAUCUCGAUGUCCAGAUCCUUGCUGCCCUACCGCAAUCCGGAGAAUGUCGUUGGCCUGACUACCGGAGGCGGAAUUCGGCUUGCAUCGAUGAUUAUUACGGAGGACAGCUCCACCAGGGAGGCAUGUGAGAAAGGGCGCACAGUGGGUGUAGUUGGACUCACUCGCGCAAAUGCCUCGGCCUACUCUGCAACGGUGCGCGGAGACCGAAUUGUGUUUGAUGGUGGGGAGGUUGGCAAGAGCAUCUAUUUUCCUGAUGUUGCAACUGCUGUCGUAUGCUACUGCCCAGAUAUGGGUGGACUUGACGAAUUUGGAGAACAGGUCUGCCUGGGAAGCCCAUAUUGGGUGCCAGUCGGCGCACUGGUCGUAGCAGGUCCUGUUGCGAAUCAGUACUGGGUGCUUCCAACCAUGAAGACCUUCCGCUUCGAGUACCUGGGUGUCAACCUACAAGAUGGUGACAUGUUGCGUCUGAUCUUGGAGGAUUCCAGCUGCGCGGCUUUCCCACCUGCCGAACGGAUGUGCCUACGGCCGAACGAGGACCCCAUAAACGGCCAUGCUCUGUGCAAUAGCAACUUCCUUACCGCUAAUUCGGGCCACAUGCGCACGACGACCCUCGCGUCUGAUCGGGUGCGAUGCGACGAGUUAAACGAAAACUGUGAGACAGUUCCUCUGACCAACUUGGAGACCACAGAGACGGGUUUGCAAUUGACGUUUGCUGGGACUACCUAUUCGGGCGGUGGACUUGGCAACCUUGGGCUGAAGGAUGGCGACACGAUUGUGCUCGGAGCCGGAGUGCAGUGCGGUGAAAAUUGCUCCCAGCCGAUGCUGGACAUGGCAAAGGGCUUCCUGGUGUUCCAAGGCUUGCAAAACUACCUGCCCUUGGACGAGGAGGACGGUAAUUUGGCUACUGACAUAGUGGGAGAGAGACAUGGUACUUUUCAAGGUGCCGGCGUGCAGAGAACUCUAGCGAAGUGGGGUGCCUAUGCGCUUCGCUUUGUCCCCGGCUCAUCUAUGGGUCUGCCUGCUGGAAGUCCAGUUGAAGGAACUGAAGCUUGGAGUGUCGUUUUCUGGGUGAACCUGGAGAAGGAUGGAUGGUAUACGCUCUGUGGGAUGGCGAAUGGGAACGGCAUCUUUGAGGAUGGUGAAGUUGAGAUAGGCGUCGCCUCUGCCCCGUGGCCUGCCGGCAGCCUCUACCUGCGCCAAGCCGCCGGCAUCUCCGGCGAAGACCAGGCAAUGGGCGAUGCCGUGCUGCCAAUGGCACAAUGGGCGCAUGUUGCCGUUGUAUACGCCGGCAGGAUGAGCGGCAGCUUGCGCUUCUACAUUGACGGAGCACUUGCCUACGAACGCCUGGGCGUUGUUGUGAACACGUCUACUUUGCCGCUUCAAUUCGCUGGGCAUGUGUCUGACGCAUUCCCGGGUGGUGCUGUUGCAUCUGACGGGUAUUUGGAGCUCGAUGAGAUACGUUUCUACAAUUUGCCGCUCAGUUCUGAAGAUGUGUUGGCUUUGGCCAAUGCAUCCGACGGCGGAAUUGCAGACCGGAGCCAGGCUCCAGGUGCGCCUAUCGGGAUUGCCAUCGCUGAAACCUCCAAUCCAGCAGUCUUCACAGUGGAGCAGGGCAGCUUUGCGUCAGCACCAAUACCUCCUCGAUUCCACAUUGAGGGAGGCCAAUGGCGUCGAACGAAUCGAGGCGUGACCCGUGGGGAACUGAUGUCCAGCUCUGCACGGCGGUUGAAAGUUUGCUGGGAGCGUGAUGGCCGCGCAGCGGAUGCUGGCAUCGUGGAGUUCGUGUCGCAGAGCAGCUUAACGGAGCUCGGGAUCUGGCCGACACAGCGGGAGUGGUCGCAGUCCUCGCCUUUCGUCUUGACCUUCCGGACCGGCAGCGCCGACUCUGCUGGGAGGCGCUACGUGCAGGCAGAAGGACACAUGAGCCUGACGCUGACCUUCAUCAACCAGGCAGCCCUCCGGCAUAUGGGGAGCAGUGCGCAGGGGCCCUUCGUGAGCUCAUUCAACAUUGGCAGCGAUGAAUGGGAGGAGGCCACGCAGACCGUUUGCGGCAUCGUGUUUCGUGAACUCUGGAGCAGCGACCAGGCGAAAGGCUUCCCCCUUCCGAAGGGUUGUUUUUACCGCGGCUUGACAGUGGACAUGCGUGAGAUUGUCAUCAUCUUCGAAAAGCGGAACGGGUUGUCGCCUGAUUCGUCCUAUCAGAUCGUUAUGAAUGCCCAAGCAACGAACGAGAUGGUUACAGAUCAGGAGUUGUUCUUCAUCAGCUCCAACGAUGACCACGAGGGCUACAGAUAUGCCCCGCUCGAGGUUGGUCAUAUCUUCACGAAUGAAGACACGCUCUACCAGCUAGGUGCCGGCAACAACGAUCCUCAGUUUGCCCCCGAGGGCGGCAUUGAGAUCAUUGGAGGUGAUCAGGAGACAAAUCUCGUCUCGUUGCAAGAUGGCUCCACCAGGCUUCGCUUGCAGAUGAUGGGUGGCGAAUAUUCCACUGCCAAAAUCUCCAGAGGCAGUUAUCUGAGCAUGUGGCUGGAGCCGCUGACGGCAUGGCAGCUGCCUGAAACGUGUGGAGAUCGAACGGAUACAAGGGUCGAGACCGGCAGCAUCCGCAUCCAUUGUUUCGUCAUUGUCGGCAACUUUCGCCGGUGUGGUGAAGUGGUCAGCUGCGCUGGGAUCAAGGUUGUGCCGUUUGCAGCACAGGUGCCGAUGAUUCGCAUACAGAUGCCACCGAACAUGAACGACCUCUUCGGAUCGCUGAUCUACGAGCUGGAUGUCUACAGCCUGAAGCUGCCAUCUUCUGGCGCUCUACCCCACCGUCUCAUGGUGCAAGUGAUGAAGGAAGAUGGGACCAAGCCGCAUUUCAGGGUCGCCACCGGUCGCUUUUACAAUGCGCCAACUCGCAACUUCGCGACGAUUGGGCGUGUUCUCAGUGCACCUCAGAUGGGCCUCGAGCCGUUCGAAGGAGUGCAAAGUCACGUUCUCUAUGUGAUGCUUCAGAUGGCUGUGCCGCUUCGCGGACAGGACAGGACGCGGCCUGCGCCGAACGCUCGUCCUGGCUCGUACUUCGUGAUCAGGGCCCCGCCAGGCUUCCGGAUGCUACAGGCCGUCGAGGUGAACCACACAGGGGGUGACCUUGGCAUGGUGACUUUGACGCCAGAUGGUGAUGCGGCAUCGCGCCUGAACAACACCAUGCCGCAACCUGCUCCAACCGGCUUUGGAACGCCUGACCUGCGGGGUUGGUCGAUGCUUGGCGAGGAGGCCACGUACGCCCUCCUUGAUCGAUCGCUCAUUCCUGCAAUGUCGUCGCUCGUGAUGGGCUUGCGUGUGUACCCCGGCAAUACGAGCAUGCCCAUCACCAACACCCUGAACUUGUGGUCUGUACAGGUAUAUUCUCCUGGAGACCACAAUCUCACAGUGGUGAACUUCAGCGCCACAUUUUAUCGCACAGGCCUAGGAGGAGUGCCAGUGCUGGGACGACUCGAGAAUGCCUUGAUCCAGCCACUGGUCCCCAUGGUUUCCCCCAGUGCAAGCGCGCCGACCGUUCAGUCGCUCAGCGUCUUCUUUAGAGCCGUGGAGGACGUCAAUGCAGGUGGGUCUAUCGACGUGGAGGCACCUCGUGUCUUUGAUUUCGGUGCAGCCUGCCAAGCCACUGAUCUAUCCGACGGGUACUAUGUGACUGGUCCAGUUCCUUCAGUCCAUCGUCUUCCCGAGAUCUUUCGCUGUGAAAGUCACCGGAGCAGCGAUGUUCAAACAGGUCCAUACAAUGUGGCUCGCAUUUUCAUAGAGGGACCGUUGAAGGGAGUAAACAUCUACGGCUUCUCGAUCAUUGCGAGAAAUCCAACGCUUGAUGAAGUUUCGCAGAUUCUCUCCUUGACCGAUCCGUGGUCCGAUGUGGACUGGAACAUCACAACACGUGGGCCUGAAGGUUCUCCUGUCUGUGCCACUUACGGCGGCGCCCCGGGGGCCGCGGACGGCAGUGGCUCCUGGCGACUGGUGAACAAGUCGAUUCCCCCGAAGGCCUCCGUCAGUGAAGCGUUGGCAACGCCAGGCCCUGCCAUUGCAGUGACGCUCACGUCUUGGCUGCCCUUUGCCGUCAGGCAGGUAGCAACAUCAGCUACUAUGGUCUUCCUCCUGGAUGUCGACUUUCAGGGUUCUCUGGAAAUUUCUGCACCAGUGGGCUUCGAGUGGCUGUCUUCUUUGGUGCAGAAACAACCGGGAGCACCUUACAACGAGACGUACACUUUCCAGAACUUACCAGAGGUCAGUUCCAGCUCGCAAGGAGCAAUGCUGCGCUUUUUGGAAACGACGUUCCUCAAGAACCACCGCUACGGCUUCGAGGCUCCCAUUUACGUGCCUGACGUUGGCCCCGUCACCAGCUUGUCGGCGUUUUACAUCAGCCUUUUGGUCGCAGAUCCUCUCGGUCCUGCGCUUCCAGAAGGCAUCAGCUCGGUCGUGUUCGCGGAUCCCGUCCGGGCAAUCGUAGACUCGAUGGCAAGGUCCUCCAAUAAACUGCCGGGAACGACUGCUGAGCUGAUGCUGAAGCUUCGCAUCGCCACGAUGGUGGACAUGCCUUCGGUGCUAGAGAUCACGAUGCCUCCGGGCUACUCUCCCCUCCCAGGUGGGCAGUGUGGCAAAAGGCCAUGGCCUGGCCAGCUGGAAUUCAGUGACACAAGCCCGAUCGGCUUGUCAACAUGCAGCUUCGAGCGCGAUGUCGCAGCCAUCACUUACGAGCAGAAGGAGUAUGAUGUGUUCCGCAUCCGGAUCACGCCGAUGGAUUCGUUUCCACUGAUGCCUGGGCUCAUUCAGUUUCGCAUCGAUAUAAUCAAUCCUCCGGGAGACCUGUCAUCCUUCUACAUCGAGAACGAGCCUGCGCCCGGGGCUCGAAUCUGCGGCCCUGCCUGUUGGAGAUUCCAGACUCAGAUGUCGGCAGGGGAAUUGAUCGAUGCCCCUCAGACAGUGGCCUCGGAACCACCACCCUUUGAGAUGGCCUUGGGCGGGAUCAUGCAGAUAUGGCCGCCAGGGCGCAAUGAUCGCCCGAACAAGAACAGCAGGCUCAUCUUCCACUUCAGCCUUGGCACUGCCGGCCCAUACCGUGCAGGGGACAUGAUGCCUGCCGGCGAGCUUGAGCUUGUCGGACCACCUGGUACGAUAAUUCCGACGCGUUGCUAUCAUCUGGUUGAGACUCGGGUCGUGAACCUUUUCGGGAGUGUCUUCAACGCGACACAGCUCGGAGUGAACGUCUGGGACCCCAACUCUCCAGUCACCGGCUGCGAGGGCAACGGCGAGACUGCCCUGAUCUCCUUGUCCCCUGGUCUGGUCGCCUCCUAUGUCUAUGCGUUCCGCAUCGACAUCGUGAAUCCUGGCAUCCAGACGGCUUCCAACUUCUGGACCAUGACACUCUUGGACCACUUUGCACAGCCAAUACCUUCAUUCAAUCUCUGGGCCUUCCCUGAGAUUUCGGUGUUGAGCCUGGCUCGAAACUCUCGUCCUAGCUGCUACCAGGGUGACUGCGUCGGGGCCGGGGCAGGAGUGGCCAUCCCGGUUCAGCUAACCCUCCGGACGCAGAAUGUGGUUUCGACAAGCGGGCAAAUGAUUAUCAGUGCGCCCCUGGAAUUUGGCUUCGACCCAAUUGCGAAUGCACCUCUCAUCGAGGGAGACAAGCAGACUCCUUGCCUGAUUCGUGAAUACGAAAACCACAACAUGUCGGCGCUCCCCUACACCUGGCGAAUGGCAGAGCGGGACUGCGUGAUCGUGGAUCGAGGUAAUCCGCUUGAUGGGACGGGAACCGGUGAUACUCGCACAGUCCGCAUCAUCGUUCGCUACCAAUUCAACCCGGCUGAUCUCAGACCGCCCAAGGCAUUUCGCCCGAACGCAACCUUCGUCAUUUACUUCUGGAUCCAUCCUCCAAUGACAUUUCGUCCAGCAGAGGCCUGGAUGCUUGAAAGCUUCAGUCCGACUGGCGAAGAGCUGGACAUUGGCAGCGCGAUGGGCUGGGAGGUAAGACGCGUGAUGACCCUGUUCGAGCACAGCAACACUGGGGGUAUCAACCAGUUCACGCAGACCAUCGCUCCUGCAGUGACUGCUGGAAAUGCUUUGGUUCCCAACUUUGUCAUUGACUUUGUCCUGCCGGCGAAUGCAUGGCUUCAGGACAGACUCGUCUUGACGGCACCGAGGAACUUUCAGCUUCAGCUUGGAUUCAUGGAUGCCAAUUCGUGCGGUGCUUGA